CGCGAAGCGCGCAGGGGGCGCGUCGCGAUCUGUGCAUCUUGAACAUUUACGCGAAUACUGAAGUUUUGUGUUUGUGAGUUGUGAUUUGGAGGAACUACUCUCAAGUACUGCACUCAUAGGAGAGGGGAGGAUAUUGGCACUUCCUGCGGCGUCAGCAAGUCGCGUCCAUUCUUCGAGACUGUCGUUGUCAUAUACUAUAUUUCAAGUCAAUAAAAAAGAUAACCAUGCCACAACCCGACCAAACAGGAAAGGGAGUGUCAAUGUAGUGAAUAGUGCAGUGUAGUGUAGUGAAAAUGACUACGUACAGUGAGCUGAACGACACAGUGAUCCGGGCGUACGACGAGGGGUUCCCCCUCUUAAUGCCCAAGUGGGGGUACGUGGUGUCCGCGUUUGUGUUGUUCCUCAUCGGGUUCUUCGGGUUCUUCCUCAAUCUGAUGGUGAUUCUUCUCAUGUUCAAGGAUCGACAGCUGUGGACCCCACUCAACGUGAUCCUGUUCAACCUGGUCUGCUCCGACUUCUCCGUGUCCGUCCUUGGUAACCCCUUCACUCUGGUCUCCGCGCUAUUCCACCGGUGGGUCUUCGGUCACACCAUGUGUGUGCUGUACGGCUUCUUCAUGGCUUUACUGGGCAUCACGUCGAUCACCACCCUGACAGUAAUAUCGUUCGAGCGCUACAUGCUGGUGACCAGGCCUCUGAGCUCGCGUCACCUCAGCUCCAAGGGCGCAGCGCUUUCCAUCGGGUUCAUCUGGACAUACUCGCUGGCCCUGACCACCCCGCCCUUGAUCGGCUGGGGGAACUACGACCAGGAGGCUGCUAAUAUCAGUUGUUCGGUGAACUGGCACGAGCAGUCGAUGAACACGCUCACAUACAUCCUGUUCCUGUUCGCGAUGGGGCUCAUAGUCCCUCUGGCUGUCAUCAUCUACAGCUACGUCAACAUCAUCAGGACCCUCAAGAAGAACUCGCAGAGGCUGGGCCGCGUGAGCAGAGCCGAGACCAAAGCCACAGCCAUGGUGUUCGUCAUGAUCAUAGCGUUCAUGGUGGCCUGGACUCCGUACUCCGUGUUCGCACUCAUGGAGCAGUUCGCUUCAGAAGGCAUUAUAUCUCCAGGAGCCGGCGUGAUCCCCGCCCUGGUGGCCAAGAGCUCCAUCUGCUACGACCCGCUGAUCUACGUCGGCAUGAACACGCAAUUUCGGCAGUCAAUCAAACCGAUCUUCGGCAUCCACACGAAGAACAAGCAGUCGCAGCUGAAGCGCGGCUACAACAACACCGUCCUCUCCCCCGCGCGCCUCAACGACGCCACCACCAGGUUCAACUCCACUGAAACCAUCGUAUCUACCUCCACCUCCAAAAAGUUCAACAAAGACAGGAAACUCUUGUUCAACGACGAAGUUUCAGACUUAGCUACACACGACAACAAAAUGUUCCAAAGAGACCUAGAGCUAUGCACGAUACAGGAAAACAGAACUGCCUCAGAUACAGAGAGGUCCAUAGACACGUUCGAUGAAGAAAGCAAACACAAAAUGGGUAUCUUUGGAGCAUCUUGCAAAUUAUUUCGUAAACGCUCCCCGAUAGUCACGAUCAUAGAUACCGAACAUCUUAUAUUUAGUCAGAUUAAGAAAACUAGGAAUGAUGAAAAGGAGAUUGAUGAUGGCUAUGGAAACGAUGCUUACGAGGAUCAUAUUUCAGACAGGUCUAACAAUGAUGUCUUCAGUACGGAAAAUGAAUAUCAAAGGGUUAAAUCACAAAAGAUAAUCAAACGCAGCUACUCUUUAGACCUUAGUGUGAUUGCUAAUGAAAAUAAAAAGCGGAAACUUUCAAUAGAAACGAAAUUGGAGUCUGUUGUCCGGCCAAAAGGCAUUUUUAACGAGACUAUCGAUAUUCUUUUCGAUCAGGAUUCGCAUCAAUUUCAUAACUAUUUGUAUAAUAUAGACAAGAAUGAAACUACAGAUGAUGAAGUUUAGCUUGAAACAUUGAAUGAUUUGGCAUUAUCGGGGAUCAAAUGUAUUUUCAAAUAUCAAAUUUAUAUAAUAAAUUAUCUAUGUAAUGUUACAAAUGACUUUUAAAAAAGUGUUUGUAGAUGUAGUUUGGUAUCGUAUUGGUGUAUUGGAAUUUUCUCAAUGGCAAGGCUGAGCAUGUGUUUUGUAAUAAUAGUUUUAGGUAAAAUCCAGAGCUAAACAGCAUUUUUUUCAUCAAAAUGAAUAAUAUUCGUGGCAAAUUAAUGUUAACUAGGAUAAAUUAGCGAGUGUAUGAAGGCCGCUGUUUUCUUACGGAGCGACUAAUUAACGAAUCUCUAAAUAGGUAAUUUUACCUCAAAAAUUAUACAACGAGAAAUACAAAAAGAUAUAUAAGUCACAGCUUAUGCAUUAUGCAUUAUACACAGCUCAUUACAUUAUAGUAAAUGACAUACCGUGUAUACUCUAAUUAGUUAGCUACAAUUUCAUAAUAAACGAGCUAACCUUACCGCUUCCACCCUGGUGUACCUCGUGUUAAUUAAAUAGAAAAAGGUAUAAGUGAAAUAAAAUUUGAGUCGUAUUAAAAAUCUUCAGGAUCUACGUCCUAAAGUAAAAAUAUUCAGAGGCAUGUUUUAUCGCUAAGACAAAAUUAAAAGAGAUAGAAGUCGCGAAUGAGGCAGCGGCCCGCCGGGGCUCGAGAUUCCACCGACAAGGUGCUGACAUCAUAGUGAACGACCAGUGAGGAUCAUGGUCAAGGAUCUGUGAUACUAGAUACGAGUGCCAAUUUAAUGUUUAAUAGAUAUAAUUUAAAUAUAUAUUAGACAUAAACGACAUUUUAAACAAGAUUAAAUAAUUUUAAGACCAUAAUUUGUACACUAAGUUAGAAAAUAAAUGAAUAUGAAUACAACGCAACAACAAAAUUUCUGGUAGCGUAGAUAUUUCUGACAAAAUAUAGUAUAUAGUACAGUUUUAUAUUUUGUAAUACGCUCUACACAACUUUAUUUAGGUAGAUUUUAGUGUUGUCUGUAACUUUACUGAAAUUGUUUACUACUGACUACUACAAUAACACUUAGGUACCUAAUUUAUUCUUAGUUUAUUGUCAAUGUAUGUAAUUAAGUGAUUUUUUUAAUUUCUAAUUAACAGCGGGUAUUCUAGUUAUCUCUUGAAAAUAUGAAUAUGUUACAGCUGUAUUAUCUUAUAAAGUUAUCCAAAAAUAACCAAACUCAAUUUUCACCGAAUGUUUUCCAAACAAUUAAUUCAAACUUUACAAUUACGAAAAUGGUACAAAGAGUGGAUUUAAUGCUAAAAGCAUACUCUUAUGGUGAAAAAUAGUAAUAAUUAAAUCAAAUUUUAUUAUCAACUCCGUAAUUCUACCAAAUCCAUUAGUUCUAUUAGAUAAUAAACGAUACCUUAUACUUAAAUACUACUUAGUUUUAACUUUUCCAUUCACAGCUGUUCCAUUUUAAGAAGUGAGCGGAAUGUUUUAGUCUGUCGUUAUAGAAGAAUCCGUUGCAUGUUCUGGCAUUAUAUAACUAGUGCCGUCGCAGACGCAUACAUAUUACAAUGAAUGUGCCCGUGGUAACAGUGAUUUACCUCGCCUAACACAAUGUUAUGGCCCGAUGAAUCACGUAAGGGUAGUCUUUAAACUGUAUUUAGAUUCCAGGGAAUUAAAUAUUACCAUAUUUUCUAAAGUUUAAACAGUUAUUAUGAAUAUUGAAUGACAUUUAUUCAGAGCUUACCUAUUGUCUCACUUGCCAGACAAAAAUUAAUUUAAAUAUAUAUUUUCACAUCUUCUUUUCAUAUGUAAAAAAAAUAUGUCUAUUAUCGUUCCAUAUUCAUUUUAAGUAGCAAAACAAAAUAUUGCUUUCAUUGCAAUGUGAAAUAAAAUUAUUAAGUAUGUUAUUUCAAAGACACGUAUUGUUACACAAAUUCGUUUCUUGGUAUUCAAAUUCAAUACUUACUCUCAAGUGGGGUUAGUGUUACUUGCAAAAGCUCAGAGAAUGUCAAUUCAACAUAUAGUAAUAAUUAACUAUAAUUUAUCAAUUUCAUUUAGUGGGAUAGAAAGAAAAUCUUUAUUUGGCAAAUAAGAAUAAGUGUAGGAAUCGCAAUGCGAGAAUGUUUAUCUCGAUUCCACCAAACUAAAUUUACAUUAAUUAGGUAAAGUAUUUUUCAAUAUCAUUCUCAGAUAUUGAGCACUUAUAUCAGAAUUGUAAUUUAUUAAUAAUCGAAGUACUUGCAUUUGAGGUGAUAAUGUGUUCCAUGAUGUUUUUGAAUGGAUGUUGUUGCAUAGUACAUUUUAAAUGGCCUUGGAUCCAAAGUCGUUGCAGUAAUUUAGUACCUAAUUAAAUCACCUUUUGGCGUUCUCAGCUUUUAGGGUAGACAUUAAGUUUAAAUUCGUGAUAAGGAAUACUGUCUUAAUAUUAUUUCUAUUUUAUUAUAAAUUUUGUAUUCUUCUUUCUAAUUUUGUAACCCAAUAUCAUAUUUUUAAAUGACAACUCUCAUAUAUAUUUAAAAUACAGUAUUAUUUAGGUACAAACAAAACUUUAGUUAGGUACUUACUGCGCCAUAGUCUCCGCUCGCCAGUAAACAGCUCCCGCAGCUUCACGCAGACAUUGCAGGCGGGUUAUAAUGUAAAUAUUAUACUAAUAUAAUUUCGUUUCCUCUUUGGCAAACACUUUACUUAAAAGUAAAUUGUACUUUCACUUCACAAUUGCAUUUGCCCCAAAUUUAGGUACCUACUCAAUUUCAAAAUAGAUCGCCUUUCGAUCUAUUUUGCUGUUUACCUGUGUCCUGUUUACACUCAGCCCUGCUUCGUAAUCAGGUAAGUAGGUAUAAAGAAAACCAAAUAGGUACUUAAUUGAUGAUGUUCGGCUGAGUAGCCCUGUCUGGUAACACGUUAACACGUAAUAAACAAACUCUUCUAGGAAUUCGAAGUGUAAAUACCUAAAUAUAUUUUGCCUUUCCCUGACUUCGUCGUUUAUCACGAAUUUAAUAAAAUUUAUCGUAAGUCCGCAAUUCGUUAAGAAUAUAAAGGCUCACGAAGUUAAUAGGAUAAGUACCUAAAUUCUAGACUAUAAGAUAUUUAGAAAUAUUAAACCUUAGCUCUAUUAAUUUCAAUGUUUACAUAAAUUAAAGGUUUAUAUUGAACAAC